UUUAGUAGAGACAGGGUUUCACCAUGUUAGCCAGGAUGGUCUCGAUCUCCUGACCUCGUGAUCUACCCGCCUCAGUCUCCCAAAGUGCUGGGAUUACGGGCGUGAGCCACCAUGCCUGGCCUCUGAGGUUUUCUUAAUAUGGUCUUGAAGAGUGUUCCGUGUGCACGUAAGAAGCGUGUGUGUGGUUGUUAUUGGGUAGAGUGUUUUGACCUGUUUAUAAAGUCUAGCUGUAGUAUUGUUCUUAUCUUCUGGUUCUUUGUUGAUCUUCUAGUUGUUCUAUCCAUUAUUGAAAGUGGAGUACUGGAGUCUCCAAGUGACAUACUUUUAUUUUAGCUUUUUAUUAUGGAAAAUUUUAAGCAUACAUGAAAGAAGAGAUAAUGUACUUACUCAUCACCCAGCUUCAACAUUUAUCACCGUCUUGCCAAUCUUACUGAAUCUGUCCUUCCUUACCUUUUUUAAAAAUUUUUCCUAGAGUAUGUCAAAGCUCAUCCCAGAUGUCCUAAUGUUUCUAGUAAACGCUUCUGCACAAUUCUGAAAGAUAAGGAUGUUUUUAAACCCAGCCCCGACACUAUCAUAACUCACAAGAUUCAUGCUAAUUCCUCAGUUUCUUCUAGUCCCAGGUCCAUGCUCAAGUGUCCAGGCACCCUCUUCAGGGGUCCUCCAUGUUUCACAGUGAGAAGGGACCCUCAGAGUUGGGCACCCCAGGCAGGCUGAUUGGAGGGGGCUUUGGAAAGGAAGGCUUUGGCCAGGGUGUGAGGGUGCAGGUCCUCACCAGCUCCUGUUUGGUCUGUUUCAGGAACAAAUGUGGUAUCUGGGGCUGGCGGUCUGAGAAGAUGGAAACUGUUAGCGGCUACGAGGCCAAGGCAGGAGAGGCUAGUGGUGGGGGGCUGGGGGUAGGAGAUGAGGCCCAGGAACUCAGCUCCUCUCCACAUCCAUCCCAGAGUAGCCCUUGGGCUCUGGACACCCUGAGCAUUUGUGGGAAUUCAGCGGGCCCGAGUGCCCAUCCCCUGCGGAGUACAUAGGGCUCACCCACAUCACGGGCCCCUACCCAGGGUACCGAGAUGAAAUGAGGAGCGUGUUCCUCUUGACCCUGGGGCUGCAUCUCCUCGUUGGUGACUUCCCAGGGUUCAGACCCUGCCACCUCCUCUAUUUUGGGGAGCAAGAUCUCAUCUGUCUCUGGGACAGGAGGACUUGGGUUCUGCACUGGUGAGGCUGAGUGUGGGGAGCAGGCUCUGAGCCCCCAGCUCCCCGUGUCCCCUGCUCCCCAGGUGUACAGUGCCACCAACGUGGAGCUGGUGACACGCACACGCACGGAGCACCUCUCUGAUCAAGACAAGUCGAGGAGCAAAGGUAAACCCAGGGGGGAAGACUCCGUUCCAGUCCUUCCUGGGGAUGGCCCAGCAGCACUCCUCCCACACCGGGGCCCCUGUGCAGCAGGCAGCCAGCCCCACCAACCCCACAGCCAUCUCCCCUGAGGAGUACUUCGACCCCAGCUUCAGCCUGGAGUCACGGAACAUUGGCCGCCCCAUCGAAAUGUCCAGCAAAGUACAGAGGUUCAAGGCCACACUGUGGCUGAGUGAAGAGCACCCGCUCUCCCUGGGUGACCAGGUGACACCCAUCAUUGACCUAAUGGCCAUCAGCAAUGCUCACUUUGCCAAGCUGCGCGACUUCAUCACCCUGCGCCUUCCACCUGGCUUCCCCGUCAAGAUUGAGAUUCCCCUUUUCCACGUGCUCAACGCCCGCAUCACCUUCAGCAACCUGUGUGGCUGUGACGAACCCCUGAGCUCCGUGUGGGUGCCGGCCCCCAGCUCUGCUGUCGCCGCGUCAGGGAACCCUUUCCCGUGCGAGGUGGACCCCGCUGUGUUUGAGGUGCCCGAGGGGUACAGUGUGCUGGGCACGGAGCGCAGCGAGCCCCUCCGAGAUGAGGACGAUGACCUCCUGCAGUUCGCCAUCCAGCAGAGCCUGCUUGAAGCGGGCACCGAGGCGGAGCAGGUGACCGUCUGGGAGGCCCUGACCAACACCCGGCCUGGUGCCCGCCCUCCUCCCCAGGCCACGGUUUAUGAGGAACAGCUUCAGCUGGAGCGGGCCCUCCAGGAAAGCCUGCGGCUGUCCACAGAGCCCAGGGGCCCAGGAUCCCCUCCCAGGACACCCCCAGCCCCCGGCCCACCCAGCUUUGAAGAGCAACUUCGCCUGGCCCUGGAGUUGUCUUCACGGGAGCAGGAGGAGCGGGAGCGGCGCGGGCAGCAGGAGGAGGAAGACUUACAGCGGAUCCUGCGGCUGUCACUCACCGAGCACUGAGCCACAGCCCCGGGAGGGCUGGCCAGGCCACUCCCUGCCUGCUUUUGUAAUUUAUUUAUUUAUAAACUCUGCUGCUGGGCUUGGGGCCUGGAGCCCCAGGGAUGGGCGGGCAGGGGAGACAGAUGGAAAUAAAGAGACUGUCGCAGCA